GUCACCAGGCAUCAGGUCAUUUGGCUCGCCAGCGGGCACCGCGUCAUCUGGCAAGGCAGUGGGCACCGAGUCACCAGGCACGACAGUGGGUUCCGAGUCACCAGGCAUUGGAUCGUCUGGCUCGACAGCGGGCAUCGGGUCACCAGGUAUGACAGCGGGCACUGGGUCAUCAGGCGUGAUAGGAUCAUCAGGCUGGAUCAGUUCAUCAGGCUGGGUACAGACAUCAGGCUGGGUAGAGACAUCAGGCUGAAGUGCGGGUGCCGAGGCACCAGGCUGAACCACGGAAGGAAGGUUCUCAGACGGCAGGCUCACCGGUUUGGAUACUGGCAGGAUGGUACU